AAUGUUCUAGAGGCUACAUUGGGGCACGACACCGUUGGUGAUAUCUAAACCCACGAAGUGAAGAGGUGGCCAUGAACUGUGUUUACUAUCAUGAUGAAGUCAGGUAACGUUAGACAAACUCUUGUGAACUGUCCAUGGGGAAACGAUGUAGAAUGGCACCCGAGGUCCAACAAACUACAUAUGGUACACCACAUCCUUUACGAACACGCAGUCCCGUGGAUACGCCAAACUCGAUGAUGGGCUGCAACUCGGCGCAUCGAGAUAAUCGGAUGCAGGAAAUUCUGGCGGGCUUUUAGGGUCGGACAGUGUAGUAGCCAUUCAAUAUUGGGAGAAAAGAAAGAAAAAAUGCAUCCACGGCGGGAUUCGAACCCGCGACCUCUGGAUUAGAAGUCCAGCGCGCUAUCCGCUGCGCUACGCGGACCUUGAGAAAUAGGGAAAAAAGAUACUAAAUCCGCUAAGUGUAAAGAAGAUGAAAACAUAGAAAGACAGCGCAGAGGCUCUAAUUCGGGAAAACGGCAGGGUGUACCGGCGGCUCUUAGACUCAUGUCCCCGUGUGACAGUGACCAAGAACUGAAUGAUUUGGAAGUAGCCAGUGUUUUAGAGGGAAAACAACAAGGAAAUGACUGUUUUUCACCAACAAAGUUAAAAAGGCAUGAAACACCUGUCAGACCAACAACUGUAAUGACUAAUUUGCAAAGAGGAAAUGUGCAAACAACAACUCCAUUAUUUAAGAAUAUCUCUCUUCACCAAAUGGCUGCACAAGGGGAGCUUACACAUCUACAACAAGAAAUUAGCGAUGGAUGCGAUGUGAAUAAAUUGGACACUAAUGACAUGACAGCUCUUCUAUGGGCAUGUGCAAAUGGGCAACAGCCAGCAGUGGAGUUCCUAAUAAAGUCAGGGGCUGACAUCAACAUCUCAGGAAGUCAUGGGGAAAAUGCCCUGCUAAUGGCAAGCUGUAAUGGAUAUCUGGGCAUUGUUGAAAUUCUACUUAAACUUUGCAUGGAUAUAAAUGCCACUGAUGAGACGGGUAACACAGCCUUAAUGUAUGCAGCCUAUGGGGGUCAUGAGAGUGUUGUGAAGCUGUUACUGGAAUCUGGAGCAGAUAUCACUACUCAGAAUGAGGACAAUAUGAAUGUGAUGGACAUGGUUGUGGGACAGGGAAACAAAAUCAUUCAGCAAGUUAUUGAACGACACAUGCUGUCAUUAUUUGAAUGACUGUAAUUCUUAAAAAGUCCAACAAAAACUGCGCAGUUGAGUUUGGUUCAUGUUGAGACUGGCCAUUAUUCACCACUUGCAGAAAGUAAGCAGACAGCAUCAUGAGCAAGUUUGCUGGACAGAUUAAAGGCAAGAAAGUGCAAGUCAAACUGACUGCCUUGAUGACCAAUGGCUAGAUUGCAGCAUCAAGCUAACAUUUCAUUAUCAGGAGUAUGACUGAACGGCUAUGGCCUGAAUCAACUACCGGGGUAUUAACAUGGCAUGUGUGUCUGUUUUUAUUGCUUAGUUAAAUGACUAGUUUUCAACAGAAAUUUGUGAUACUGAAAAUAUAACUCAAGUUUCCUUGAGGAAAUGAACAAUGAAGAAUGAGUAUCGUUUUCAAAUACAAUCCAUCAAUAUCUCUUCUGAUUUGAAUACUUAUUCAUAUUCAUAGACAAACAACAAAUAUAUUUCCUUAAAAUCAGAAAAAAAUAAUUUUAUUGUAUAAAUAAAUUACAUAUAUGUAUCUUGUUUAUUCAAACUCCUUAAAUUACAAUACUGUGUGUAGUAUAUUACACAAUUAUGGACGGUUCACCAACUCUAUGCAAAUAAAUAAAUAAAAUAUCA